AUGCGCGGUGCCACCAUCCUCAAAUCCUCCGACGACAAGACCCGGCAAUUGAACAAGCACACUCUGCUCGCCUUCUCCGGGGAACCGGGUGACACCAUCCAGUUCGCAGAAUACAUCCAAGCCAACGUCGCCCUGUACACGAUGCGUAACGAGUCUGAUCUCUCCCCCAGCGCCGUCGCCAGCUUCGUCCGAGGCGAACUGGCGCGGAGCUUGAGAAGCAGGAAACCGUACAACGUGAACCUGCUGCUUGGUGGGAUGGAUCCCAUCACCAAGCAACCCAGUUUGUACUGGUUGGACUACCUCGCCAGCAGCGCGAAGGUGCCCUAUGCUGCGCAUGGAUAUGCUCAGUACUACUGUCUGUCCAUCUUGGAUAAGCACCAUCACCCAGAUAUCUCGUUCGAGCAAGGCAUGAAGAUCUUACGCAUGUGCACGGACGAGUUGCAGCGGCGGUUACCCAUUGAUUUCAAGGGGAUGACGGUCAAGGUGGUCAAGAAGGAUGGCAUCGUUGAUAUGGAGUAUGACACGAGCAAACAAGUCCUAGCCGCGUAG